AUGGAUGUGGCUAUAGAGUUCUCUAAGGAGGAGUGGGAAUGUCUGGAUUCUGCUCAGAGGGCUCUGUACAGAGAUGUCAUGUUGGAAAAUUACAAUAACCUGGUUUCCGUGGUUUUGUCAUAUGAUUAUACCAAGAAGGUAUUCCACAAAGCAUGUACACAGGAUUACUUCCAGAACAAAAUAACACGAAGAUUUGGAUGUAGUAGCCUUUUAGAACUAUAUAUAAAGAAGUUCUGGGAAUGUAGAGGUGAUAGUACAGAGUGUGAAAUAUAUGAUUAUGUAAAUGAUCAAUUUGAAAAGCACAUCGGUUUUAUUUCUGAAAAUGAUCAAGAAGCCCUAACUUCCCCUGAACGAAUUCAGUCUAGGUCACUCUCAUUUUCAGAACUAGAGGAUUCUCUAAGAAAAAAAUCACAAGUUUUAAAGCACAACUCAAUUCUACACAGAAAUAUACAAAAUUUACAAAGUGACGUUUGGGUGAGUGAAGUGUGUUUCUUGAUGGAUAUAUCAUGUAAUAUGAGAUUAAACAGUGCUUCAAUGCUUUAUGAACAAAUGUGGAGCAGCGAAAAAGGCACUAAAUGUCAUCAAGGUGAAGGAUAUUCUUCUCAAAAUUUAUGGCAGUUCCCUCAAAAUCUACUCAGGGACAUGUUCAAUGAUGUAGAUCAACAUAAGAACAAGUUUAUGGAUGCAAUGAAACAUGGAAGAUAUGAUGUGGGAGGUAACUGUAAAAACUCCAAUACAAUAAAUGAUAUUAAUAUAGGUUAUGUUAAGAAUCCUUUAUUAAUUUAUUAUCAAAGCAAUCAAUAUGGAGAGAUAUUUUACCAAGGUAAUGUCUUCUUACAUGAUUCUACUUGUAAAACAAAUCCACGUGAAAAUAAGAUAAGCAGCUAUAUUCCAGAAUAUCAACAUAGCAAACAUAGAAAAAUGGCUAUCUCUAAUCACUGCUCCCAGUCUUCUUUGCAUCAGCAAACCACAGAGAAACUUUAUAUAAAUGAAAAGAAGAAUACCAUUUUGAAUGAAUGUUUAAUUGAUAGAUGGUAUACUAGAACAUGGAUUAAUGGAGAUUACAAGAGAUACAUGUGUGACAUACACAGGGAUGCCUCACAUGAAUCUUUAAACUUCCACAGAGAACAGAAAGCAUGUAAGUGUAAUAAAUAUGUGAAAUCAUUUAUCCUGUCCUCAAAUCUUCAAGCGUACUAUAGAACUCCUACCCGAGAGACACCUUACAAAUAUAAUGAAUGUGAAAAAUUCUGUACAGGUUCCUCGUGUCUUGAAGUUUGCCAUGAAAUCUGUACUGGAGAAAGACUUCAAAAAUCUAAUAACUCUGGAAAGUCUUUUAGACAGUCCACAAAACUACAGGUUAAUUACAGAAUCCCUACAGAAAAUAAGUCAUACAGAUGUAAUGAAUGUGGGAAACCUUUUACCAGAUCUUCAAAACUUCAAGUUCACUACAGAAUCCAUAAAGGAGAGAAGCCUUACAAAUGUAAUGAAUGUGGCAAAUCUUUUACACAGAACUCACAGCUUAAAACUCACCAAAGGGUUCAUACAGGAGAAAAGCCUUACAAAUGUAAUGAAUGUGGCAAAUCUUUUACACAGAACUCACAGCUUAAAACUCACCAAAGGGUUCAUACAGGAGAAAAUCCUUACAAAUGUAAUGAAUGUGGCAAAUCUUUUAGCCUAUCAUCAAAACUUCAAGUUCACUACCGAAUCCAUACAGGAGAGAAGCCUUUCAAAUGUAAUGAAUGUGACAAAUCUUUUACUAGAUCUUCAAGUCUUCAAGUUCACUACAGAUUUCAUACAGGAGAGAAGCCUUACAAAUGUAAUGAAUGUGGCAAAUCUUUUACACAGAACUCAGAUCUUAAAGUUCACCAAAGAGUCCACACAGGAGAGAAGCCUUACAAAUGUAAUGAAUGUGGCAAAUCUUUUACACAGAACUCACAGCUUAAAACUCACCAAAGGGUUCACACAGGAGAGAAGCCAUAUAAAUGUAAUGAAUGUGGAAAAGCUUUUACCCAAUCAUCAAAACUUCAAGUUCACCACAGAAUCCAUACAGGAGAGAAGCCUUACAAAUGUAAUGAAUGUGGCAAAUCUUUUACACAGAACUCAGAGCUUAAAGUUCACCGAAGAGUCCACACAGGAGAGAAGCCUUACAAAUGUGAUGAAUGUGGCAAAUCUUUUACACAGAACUCAAAGCUUAAAGUUCACCAAAGAGUCCAUACAGGAGAGAAGCCUUACAAAUGUAAUGAAUGUGGCAAAUCAUUUGGCCUAUCAUCAAACCUUCUAGUUCACUACCGAAUCCAUACAGGAGAGAAGCCUUAUAAAUGUAAUGAAUGUGGUAAAUCUUAUACACAGAACUCACAGCUUAAAACUCACCAAAGGGUUCAUACAGCAGAGAAGCCUUACAAAUGUAAUGAAUGUGGCAAAUCUUUUACACAGAACUCAGAUCUUAAAGUUCACCAAAGAGUCCACACAGGGGAGAAGCCUUACAAAUGUAAUAAAUGUGGCAAAUCUUUUUCACAAUCCUCACAUCUUCAAGUUCAUUACAGAAUCCAUAAAGGAGAGAAAUCUUACAAAUGUAAUGAAUGUGGCAAAUCUUUUUCAGGGAACACAGAUCUUAAAGUUCACCAAAGAAUUCAUUGAGGAGAGAGAUCUUAGAAAUGCAAUCAAUGUGGCAUCUUUACACAAAACUCAGAUCAUAAAGCUUACCACAGAAUCCAUACUAUAGAUAAACUUUAAAAAUGCAGUGAAUGUAGCGUGUCAUUUAAUAACUCCCCAAGUCUUCAUUUUCACUACAGAAUCCAAAGAGAUAAACCUUACAAAUGUGAAAUGUGUGGCAAAUCAUUUAUCUGGCCCUCCACUUUCCAAGUUCAUCAAAGAUGCCAUAUUGGAAAACAGCCUGGUAAGAGUAGUGAAUGUGGGAAAUACUUUUUCCUGUCCUCAAAUCUUCUGUGUCACCUUGGAAUUCAUACUAGAGAAAAAUGUUACUAA